AUGGUGGCUACAGAUGGCGUCUUCCGAGACUCAGACGCAGAUCCAGCAAUAGCAUAUACCGACUUUGCCGAGCUGCAAAACAGGAAGGAGACGCACAUCAUAGCUCUUCUACAAAAUGCCGAAGGAGAGAAGAAGGAAACCACAGGACGGAUCGCUGAGGAGCAACGACGCAUCAAGCCCAAGAAAGCAGAAGAGGACGCGCAAAUAGCAUUGAUUAUGGUAGCGAUGGCGCAGGAGAUGUUGAGGAGCGGUGAACCGAACCAAUUGAGUGCGUGGGUGAGGGUCAUUGGCAUGAGCAAGACAGAGAUCUUUCUGUACCGAGCCUUGGUUCCGAGAAAAUUUGUGGAAACAUUCGAUGCGAGUGCGGGAUUCGUCAUACAGUAUCGAAGCGCUUCGUUGAAUGACCAGAGCGGAGUCUUGCAGCAGCUUGAUCGCUUGCUGAGGGAGAAACGUCCGCCUGGUGACCAACCCGGCGCGGCUGAGGAGGCAAAAUACUGA